GACGAGUUGAAGGCUGCAGAAUCCACUGAAUCGUUGGACGAGAGUGAGGAAUGGAGCAACGAAGUAGAUGAGGAAGGGAAGGAAGUGGAAGAAUCGACAGAGAAUGAGAAAGAAAUUGAGAAAGAAAAGGAAGCAGAAGAACCAACCGAAACUGAAGAGGAAAACAAGGAGGAAGAUUUAGAAGAAAGAAAAGAAGAGGAGAAAAUGGAAAAAGAAAAGGAACAAAAAGAGGAAUUGGAUGAGAGAAAAGAGGGUGAACCGCAAAAAGAAGGAGAAAUAAAAGAAAAGGAACAAAUAGAAGAAGUUGAAGAGAAAAAAGAGGAUGAAGAACAAAAAGAAGGAGAAGGGAAGGAAAAGGAACGGAGGGAAGAAGUGGAAGAGAGAGAAGGGAAUGAACAGCAGAAAGGAGAAGAAAUGAAAGAAGGGGAAGUCGAGGAGAAUAAGGAACUCUUGGACGAACAGAAGGUAGAAGAGGCCGAGCAAAAGGUGGACGAGAUAGAGAAUAAACAAGGGAGAGAAGGAAAUGUGGAAGGGGAACAAGUAGGAGGUACUGAAGAGGAUAAAAAAGAAGAUGAAGGCAAAGCUGAAGAAAAUGAGGAACAAAAGGAAGGAACCGAAGAGGAGAAGCCGGUCAGCGAAACAACGAAUAAGGAAGGAGUUGUUGAGAUAAAAGAAGCUGGAGAUGAAGCUCAGGAAGUGGGAGACAAGAAGGGAGAAGAAGAGAAUGAGGAAGUUAAUAAAGAGGCUGUAAGAGAAGAUACGGAAAAGGAUGAAGAAGAAUUGGAAAACAAACCAGCUGAGGACGUGACACCAGAGCCAGUGGUGAUUGGAACUGAAGAGGAAUCAAAAGAAAAUAAGGAUAAAAAAGAGGAUAAAAACGAAGAAGCACCGGUACAGAAGGAUAAGUACUCCACACGGCUAGAUAAUAUUUUAGACCAGUUAGAAGAUGAUGAGCAAGAACAGACACUACCAAAUAAAGAAGAAGAAACGAGCACACAAGUUCAGGAAGAAAGAGAACAGGAGAGAUCGGAAGAAGUGACAAGCAAUAAGGACGAAGUAGAAGAAAAAAGUGACAAGAUCGAGGAAAAUAAGGAGGAGAAAAAGGAUGAAAAUAAAAACGAGGAUAAAAAUGAUGAAGUGUUUGAUGAAAACCAAAAAGCGCCCAUACCAAAUGGUGAUGUGUUCGUCCCAGCGAUAAAGAAGGAACCGCCAAGUCCUUCUGUGAACAAAAAAGAAACCACUGAUGUAAGUACUAUUACCUUGUUUCAGACCAAGGGGUUCUUGAAUUCCAGCACGUGCUUUGGGCAAGCACCUCUUGCAAGUAAGCUUUACAAGUUUCUUGCCCAGCAAGAAAAUAUACUCAUUCUGGGCUACUGCGUGGAAGGGACUUCUCUCGAGUCAUGUGGGGGUUAGUCCUUAUAAAUGUAGGUCGUUUCGCCUACACCGAGGUCGAUUCACCCACACGAUCUUAGUUGCUUCAAAGCUUUACUGCUAUUUAUACAACACCAUUACGUGUAUAAACUUCAAUGUCUUUAAAACAACUUUAAUAGAUCAUGUAGGCGAAUCGACUUGCAGGCGAAACGACCGGUUUCCUUGUGGAUUAGCAACACAAGACCCAAGUAGUUGGCAACAGAGUGCACCAAGGUUUACAAAAUCCAAUUGUCUCCAGUUAAACCUUGCCUAAAUUAUAUUUCGAAUUAUACUCAGCUGUCAUUUCUCAUACCUAACUUUACUUUGAUGAAUAUUUAGUAAGUUUAGUUCUAACUCCAGCCAGUGCCGGUAGAAGAUUCUUUUUAACUGAUUGUUGUUUUACUUUUGUUAUCAGGGCGCUGAGGAAGAGAAAAGUUACAAAACACUGAAAAGAACUCGUAAAUUUGAAAAAGAUGGCAAGAUAGUCACAGAAACAACUUCAAGAGUUGUGGAUGUGAGUCAAGAGGAUUACAGGAAUGCUUUGAUGAAAGAACAACAACAAAGGUAACAAAAAAGUAUCGUAUAUUUAACAAUUAUUCCUCGAGCUCGAAUUGGCUCUGAGUCAAUCGGCCUGCUACUCACUCAGAGGCCAUGAGGGCGAGAAGAAUAAUUAUUUUAGUAAAAUCCAACUAGUUGGUUAAAAUAUCGAGGCAAAACUACUUUAGCUAGCAAAACACGAUUCAGCCGCCAUUGUUUUGGUUUUCAAAGCCGGUGCUUUUCGCUACUAGUGGGCUAUAACAUAUAGCCUAGUAGUAGCUCAACCAAUCAGAACACAGCAUUGAUAAUAGACCGCUAGUUGGAUUUUACUAAAUCUUGUUAUCAAUCGAAAGCUAUUCACUGAUGAAUUAAUAGUUACAGUCAGAAACUCUUAAGGGGUUGAAGCGUGUAACUCGCGUUCAAUGCUCGUCAAUUUUCAUUUUUGCUAAGUACCAUAUUUGCAAACCUCGUUGUUAAAGAACAACAACGACCCUUGUUGUCAGAAAAACAACUUUGGACGAGCAUCAGGCUUUUUGUACAUUUCUUUGUCGUCGCUGCGCGCGGACUACGACAUGAAAGUGCCCUUUUAUGGAGGGCGAAAACACAAUACAGCGAUUGUCUUUUUCUUUUCCUGAACUUCGAUACAGACUUUAGACGAACUUGACGAGAUGGAAUACACGUUUUAAAUGACGUUUUUGUAGCUGUCGCCAUCGUUUUUGCUUGAGCUCCCGCAGGUUCCCUCCCGAGAACGUUGAGUAAAUUUACGUCACGUCGUUUACGAAUUUUGAUUGGUCAGUUAUCUUUUCCGGUCCUCUGGUUCCAAAUUUGGUACUUGUGAAAAUGAAAAUUUACGAGCAUCAUCCUCCUUAUGAGUUUCUGUUAUAGUGCAAUUAUAAGGUUGUAAUUGGUAGCUCUACCUACAGGAUAAUUAAAUCAGGUGGAAAGAUCUGUUUUAGCUCUAAAAAUGAGUAAAACACAGUCCGAUUUUUGAUUCUAAUUUGGCUCCCUUAAUCAGGGCCAAUACAGUCUAAUUACUUAAGGCUGAUUUGGACCCAAGGGCUUAAAUGGGUCCCAGUGUGGGCUUGAAUAGGCUUUUGAUGGGGCUGUUUUGGCUUAAAUUGUGCUCAAAUGGCUCCAGGAGUGGCUGAAUCCGACUUUGGCCUGUAGCGCUGGAUUGGCACUGAACAGAUCUUUUUAAUUUUAAGUGUAGCUGGACUAUUUGGGGCAUCCUGAGUCGUGACGAACAAAAACAAAGAUCUUUUCAUCCUAACAAGCUGUUCUUUUCUGUGGUAUGGUUUAUGUUAUAGUACAAGCCCACACCAGUUAAAGAAAACUCAACUUGUCACCAAACAAUUAAAAACAAGCAUGUCAUUUCAGUCCGUUUGAGUCGUAUCGCGAUUGAACAAAAUGAAAAUUUAAUUGAUCAAAUUUUAAACAACUAGCGUCGAUGUAUUUUGACAUUGACGCUUGUAAAACGUCACUCAAGUGUAUUUUUAAGCCACAUAUAUUAUAACAAUUUACUGUGUAGAAUUUUUGUUGUAAAUACGUCGAAUUUCUAUGUGUUAUUGUGAUUAGUUAGGAAGUUUAAUUUUAUUGUUUGUAUACGACCACUUCAGCUUUGCUGAAUUUUUAAUCGUGUUUAAAUAAAUGCUGUUAUUAUUAUUAUUAUUAUUAUUAUUAUUAUUAUUGCAUUUCAGAAAAGUGAAUUUACGUGAAUUGAAGAUCCUGCAGCGCGAGGAACAAAAACAAGGGAUGCUGCUUAUGGCGAAGAUACGCCGCCAGUGGGAAUCUCAAGAACAGCGAUUUGAGCAAGAGUUACAGGUGACUGAUCUAAUCUUGGUUACAACAUGCUACUGACCAGUUUAACGCAAUGUACUUACUAUGAAUUGUUAUAGGUUAUCCUAAAAAAAGCACUUUAUUUGAGUGUCAAUGUAGUUAGCACAAAAGUACUAAUUGAGAACACUACUUUUACGUCUCUUACUGGAGACGGGACCGCUAUUUUGCGUGGUCAUCCGAACCACGUGAAGGUCUAGUUGUUUGUAAGACAAAGGCAGUACCUUCAUUUCUCAGUUAUUUUGAGAUCCUGAGUAUUGGUCCGGUCCCCGGAAUCGAACCCGCGACCCCCCGCUCUGCAGUCAAGCGCUCUACCGACUGAGCUAAUCCUGCCUAAAUUAUUGUCCUUUUACUUUUUGUAUAAUAUCCAGUCUAAUUUAGUCGCUUUGCCCUUUCCUAGUGAGUUAUCUCUUAACGCCUCGUGUACCAGGCAGUCCCAUAGUAUGGCAUACAAUCUUUUACCCGCUUUUGUUGAUGCCUACAAGUAUUCCUAUUCCUUGCCCAUGUUUAAGUCCACAGCCAAAACCUAUCUGUCAUCACCUACUACCAAAUUAUGCCAGCCAUUGCCGUGAUUAGCCUAUACUAUUGGCAAUUAACCGAUUGAAGGUUAAAGGAAGAUAUACCUUGUCAGUAACUGUGCUCACAUUCUGAGUGGCUCGUGGCCUCCUGAAAUGUUCUACAAUUCGUCUAGGAUAUAAUGGAGCCAAAGCCAAUUGUGUAAAUGAAAGCAGAUGUAGACAUUUCCAGCAACAACAAUUUGCUGUUUGUCCCAUAGAACAAUGUAAUAAAUCUGAUUUUUAAUCGCGUAACGGCGUUCCUUUAGUAACUGUUAAAUUCUUGAGGGUAGUAAGUUUUUUGGUCGAAGGGUGGUAACACCAAAAGAAAUAUGCGUAAUUGACCAGUCGUGAGCUCAAUGGCCAAAUUCUUUUUUAGGCGAUUCAAGGUCAAUUUUCAGCCAUGUUGACCAAUACGUUUGGCAAUAAUUAAGUAAACCACAGUUGUGAUUUUUCCUUUCACAGGAUCUAGACAGGAAGUACGAUUUGGAUUUGGACAAUUUAAGUAGAAAUCAGAAAAAAGAAAUCGAAAAACUCGAAGUGACUCAGAAUGCAGAUCUACGAACCUCAUCGCGUAAGAUGAAACAAGAUCAGGUGAGAUUCAGGUCUGGAAAAAUGUUAAGGCAGUUUAAAUUUUCUUAUGUAACCAUUCAAGUGAUUGUCUCUCAGAAGAACUAUUGCACAAUGAACGCGUCUCUACAAAUAAAGGUUGCGAGAACUUUGAUGGUUUUAAAGGGUAAAGUGUAAUCAUAAGUAAGUAGGGACGAACCUCUAUUUAAAAAAUGCCCGACCCCGCCUUGAAGACGUCUUGGAUUUUGAUUGGUUCUGCAUUAUAAUAAGGGAACCAUGAAAGUUGUGGUAAAAAAUGGUUUCCGUAAGCCGAUAGUUAAAACGAUCAACAUGGACUCGUUGUCUUCCUGCCAAAGAGAUCCUUUCAUUGAUUAAGGUGUAGGCCCCAGCGGACUCAGUGCAUUACCGGAAACGCGUUUCGAAUUUCUCUUCAAUCUGAUUGGCAAAUCGACAAUGGCUCUUUUAACUGGCUCAUCGUGGCGCGUAAUCAAAUUACACAGGCGGGGCCUUAGAACGAGGAUUUCGGCACUGCUUCGGAGACGAGGUUCAGAAGUUUAGUUCCUUCUGUGUAGUAGUUAAAACUGCUGGACUAGCCAGCAAGCAAGCCCUCAUGGCCUUGGUUUUUCAAACAGUGGAUAGCGCAAGCGUUACUCAAAACCGUCUCUCUCUACCCAGGUGCGCUUGUGGGACGGAGAUAGAAGACUAAAUUUCAUCAUCAUGGGUUUUCUGGACGAAAUGUUUAUCCACUUAAAUCUAUUCUUAUUGCAGGAGAAAGAACUUAAACGUUUUAGAGACAGCCUAAGAGAAGAGCAAAAAGGAGCUAAGAAGGAGGUUUGUUGACUGUAGUUUGCUUUUCAGGUCAAGUGAACUGUUCAAUACCAUUACACUAAGUGAAUUAAGUAACAUUAGCCUAGUUCAUUUUGGUAAAAAAACAUGUAGUUACAACUUGGGGACAAAAUACGACCUCAAGAACAUAAAUUGCUUCAGCUAUACGGCUUUGAAAAGCUUUGAGAAGUGAAUAUUACACAUUCAUUUUUCAAGAAAUGUUCAUUGCAUAUCGGAUCCAGCAGAGCAGACCAAUGACAAGAGAAAGCAUAACGAUACGUCUAAGAGUGAUCAGCAUAAAAUUUCUCCCUGCAAUAUCAAAGCUUAAUAAAACAGUGUGGUCAUGAGAAUUGAGGGCAUGAUCACAGAAGAUGAAUCUCAUUGAUACCUCAACAAAUUUUUCCACUACUUCUAUUAAAAACGUAUAAGGACAACAAAUAAGAAUUUGAAUUUUGAUAUUAGGUGUUUAAGGGUUAAAAACGUUUUCUCUCUGAUUUUAAAGAUGGAUCAACUACCGCGAAAUCAGAGAAAGGAGUCUUGGAGAAAGAGGAAAGAAGAACUCGAAGUCUCACAACGCCAAGCAGUAAGUGAUAUUAUUUUCAACUAGUUGCUUUUCUUUCCCCCUUUUUAAUGAAAACGACAACAAGAAAUGAUAACUACUUCAGUAAGUAAUUAAUAAUAAAUGAUGAUUUAGAGGCAAUACAACCGCACAUAGUGGCUCUCCGUCUUUCACUUAAAAUCGAUUACUGGAAUUUCGCUUGCCAAUACAGCCGCCUUUCAUCGCUUCCUUGGGCGUUUCACGAGUGUUUGUUUCUGUCCCUGCCUGUACCACAAACAAAUAAACAAAAAAUCCUUCUCGUUAACAACUGUGUCGCUAAAAUGGAGGUUGGGUGCCUGGAGUAUCCAGGGGCUUCCACUAUUGGCAGCUAGCCCCUAGAUUGAAAUAAUGCCCCCAUGACUGGCACAACAGCGCAACCCAGCCAUGAGUCCCCACACCAAAGGAAAGAAACAGGCACCCGUCACACUGAAAAACAUUAGUGGAGAAAAACCAACAAAGCCUAGGGGAAGGGCGGAAGGGGAAGAAAAUGGCUGACAGAACCUAGCCCGAAAGGAAACUGAACGCGCCAAUAAAUCACAUGAUCGAUGUAGCCAGCUACUGGGCAUGCGCAUGCCAAAGACCGCUGACCUCAGGCACCUAAGACGCUCUUAGUUCUUAACUCCUUUAAAUUGCAUUUUAAAAAUGCAUUAUACUUAGUGGUAUACAGCCAGACCGCUCAGUUGUGGCUAUAUUGAAAUAUUUCUUCGUUUAUUUCCCGUGCUGAACAGGAGCAUGAGUUUCUGGCCAUGCAGCGGGUUGAGUUUGAGAAGUUCUGUAAGGAAUUAAUAGACCUGCAUCGUGAGCGGAUGUACAACUUAGAAAUGCAGUUCCUUCAGGAUAAACACUCCCACAAGAGAGGUUUGUAUGCACCCUUAAUAUCCACGGUGAACGCCCUCUAAGCGCGGAAAUUAUUAAUAUUUUAAUCUUCAAUGAGGAAGCCAACUUUACUGACUAAGUGGUUUAUAGAGGGGUCCUCUUAUAAGACUGAACUAUGAAGCUGAAAAUAAUUGAAUUUACUGUUAGGACCAGCAGCAAGUGCCUGGCCUAUAUAGAGUAUACUAUAGAGACCAACGCUUGGUUCCCGUUUAAACGUUUCACUACCAAUAAUGGCCAAUGCAAAAAAUUCACAAAAAUUCCUAAUUUUUUUGUACAUUUUAAAGAAAUAUGUAACACUGUACAAAAGUUCUGCCAAUGAGGUUGCGUUUGAAGGCACUGUAAAUAAAAAAAAAACUGUUUUAGCCCUUAAACUUCGCUCCCUUAAUCAAGGCGAAUUUUACUCCAAUUUGGACCUAUGGACUGAAAUGAGUCUCAGCGUGAGAUGGAUUAGGAAUUUGAUGUGGCUGCGGUUUUGACUUGCGAUCAAAAGGCUCCAAGAGAGGCUGAGUCAGACUUGUCGUGCUGUGCUAAACUGGCACUUUGGGACUUGGUUUCAAAUGUACCGAGAGGGCGGGCGGGAGGGAGGCUAGAAAAAUUUUUUGCGCCUUCUCCCAAACCGUCCACCGCCCGGAAAUAGCCUAUUCACCUUACGUAUUCCGUGUCAUUUUCUGUCGACACACAGUCAAGGCAAAGAGAUGCACUGUUCAGUUGCCCUUCCCAGUUUGUUUGUUUACCUUUGUUUGUUUAUUUGUUUACAGGUCAUGAAGGAGACAGAUGGGAGAUUGAACAGCGUCAGUUACACGAGAGACAUCAGCUGGCCAGAACACAACUAAAGGAAACUUUCUUUUUACAAAGAUCGCAAAUGUUGAACAGGCAUCAAAAAGUAAGAAGCAACAUUUGACGUUUCCUUCUAAAAAAGAAGAAACCUGUUAUUACAUAUUGUUUUGACGCAAUUGUCUUCAACAUAAUGAUCAGGCUUCUUGGUACGCCUUCGCGUAGUCUCCAGUUGUGAUUGAAAAGUGGUAUACUAUUACUAGUUACCAUGAAAUUUUGCGAACUUUACCUUUUAAUUCCUGUAAGCAUUAUUGCUUCUCUUAGAUGGUAUAUAACGUCCAAAAAGGCAACGGAAAUCAUGCACUGUGAUGUGUUUGGAUCGAUUAAUAUGAAAAUAUCUUCGUUUCGCUUCCUUACUUUCUCUUUUACAAUCAUUCUUUGAAACGUUUUGGAGGAAUUUAGGAUCACGUUUACGGUAAAUGGCAGACGUCAAUUUUUACCGCGGGAGAAAGCUUUCCCUUAACUUGUUGUAUACUGUUCAUUUGUCAAAAACAAUAUUCAGUAGUAGUUUCACACCCGUUUCAUCCAUAAGAAUUUGUUUGCACAGUUUUUGUCUGCUCAUUUCUUAUUUUUAGAAAUUGUCAAAAUGAAUCUCACGUUUGUCGUUAACUUGAUUCUAGAUCUCUCAAUUAUAAAGCAUUCGACUCUGUGUUUUAUCCUAGUGUACAUUGUUUGAGACAUUAUAAUUACUUUCCUAGACACUCCGUUAUCUGUUGAUACAGUCCUGCUAACCAGGCGAUUUUGUUUUUUUCGUCAGGAAUGUGAACAGCAUAAUCGUCUUACAAAACUGAAAGACGAAGAAAUGAAACGACGGCACGAGAUUGAGCGCAAACGGCUUCCCAAGAUUCAACGCGAUGAAAUCAAGGCUAAGUCACAGCAGUACCGCAAGUCUAUAAGGAUGGAAAAAAGAGUUUCAGUGGAUAUUGAGCGGGAAAUGAUGAAAGAGGUAACUUCACAUGAGAUUCAAUCAUUCCUUUCUUUUCAAGGAGUCGAGGGUCGUGAGUCAAUUUUGUGCACACUGAAAAACCCGGAUGUAAACGUCAUUAUUGGUGUUAUAAACAGAGUUCCGUGGUAAACAACAGUGUAUUUUGACGAAACGUUUUAAUCGUACCUUUUGGCGGGACACUUUAUCGCAAGCUUCAAAGACAGGGAGAGUGCCGUGACUGUAUAUGUGGGUUAAACCUGAGAUCAGGCCUUAUUUUCGUUUCGCUUGGUACGAAAUUCUGGCGCGACCAGGUAUGAGAGAAUGUAUGAAAGCUGAUAAAAUUGGGCCUUAACUCAGGUUAGAGCGGUUUUCAUUUGAGUGUCGAAAAGUAAUUGGUUUUGCACUUUCUACACAAUGCGAUUGGCUUAAAAGAUUCGCGCCACCUUUUCAUCCAAUCAGAAGUAAAACCAAAGCCAAUUGUGACGCGCACGCGCUUUGCGUCAGCCACAUGUAAUUACUUCGAGUUUUGAUUGGUUCAAUGUAUUGUCUGUGUCCUAUGUGAUUGGCCAGAGUAAUUACUUUGGUUUUGGUUUUACGACGCUCAAACGAAAACCACUCUAAUGUAGGUUAUGACAAAUCCCCGUGGCUGCUUUAAACGCUCUCUAUUUGUACAUAAUUGCAGUUUGAGUUAUUGGAACGUAAGAAAGCGCGCUCAGAGUACGAAAAGAUGCUGUUUAGACAGGAAAUGGAGGCCGAAGAACUACGCAUGUCAUCGGAAUCAGCAUUAAAGGAGUUACAACAAUUACAGGUCAGUUUGCGUUCAAAAUCGAGCAACAUUUAUUUAGAUAAAUAGAUAAAUGAAUGAAUGAAUGAAUAAUGACAUGACCGGUCAUGUCGGCGGGCGCUUCGCACAUGCCGGUUUAAAACUCAAAACGUACCAAUGCCUUAUAUCGUAAACUAAAAUGAGUCGAGUUAAAAAUCUACAGAAGGAAAACCUUAAAGCUGUAAAUAGGUAAUGAAGAUAAUUAUUUGAAUGUUAAUUAUUUAAUAGAAUAUUUUGUGAAGUUAACUUGAUAUGUUGUAUAUACCUCCAGUUGUAAUUUUAGUCUUAAUUUAUGUGAAAGGUGUUUCUUUCUGUAUGUUUUUGUAUUUCUUUUCUUUUCUUUUUUCUUAUGUAAUUUAAUAACGUCUUUAUUUAAAGUCUUGUCCUCAGGACAAGACCUAGAUCAGCAUUAUAGCUAUUUGCAGGACAUAAAGUAUUGUAAACUUUAUAUUUCUUUAAAUAAAUACAUUGUUGUUGUUGUUGAUAGAUAGAUAGAUAAAUAUGUCAGUAAAUAAUGUCAUCUCAGUCCGCUGUUCUUAUUACGUUGGCCUCCGUUUUUUUCUUCUGCAGAACGAAAAACGUCACAUGUUAAUGGAGAGCGAAACGACUAAGUUAAAAGAAAGAGACGAGAAACAUGCAGCGCAAGUGGUCGCGUGGAAAGCCGAACUUGGACCACGGAAGAAGGUGAGAGACUCACUCGCUCCCGCCAGCGUUAAUAUUAUUGAGGCAUCGGGAAAGAACCCCUAACGAGAGAGAAAAAGAGCGGGAAUUCUCUUCUCUCCCUUUCGUACCAUCAGGUCAUUUUCGUUGCUGCGCUCUUUAUCUUGCCUGUAAUUAGAGACCUUCAGAUUCGAAUACUAGAACGACUAUCUGUACGAGAUUGAACUUUGAAUUUUUCGCGUAUUGUCAAAAAAUAGACACCCCAGAAAGCUUCAUUGUACUUUUUUUUAACCAAAAAAGUUAGCAGUGUUAUCUUUGUUGAAGGAGCGGGUUAAUCCCUCUCCCGAUCGCAAAAUGAUAAAACUUCGAAUAUUUGAUAACUUGAUUCCGCCACUACGACAUUCUCGCUAAAAGGAAAUCUCGGCGUACUCGUAGUCGUCCUCGCCUUAGAUCUAAAGGUGAAAGGUCUCUAUUAACUGACCGUCUGAAACAGGCUGUAAUAUAAGUUUUCCUGCAGGCAGUAGACCGACUGCAAUCGGUUUGCCCAUGCUAAGGCUGGGAAUGUAAAAGGGAAUUACGAAAAACGAUAAAAUCUUAGCAACAUGCAAUUUUUAAUACUUAAACUGUCCAUUGACAGAUGUGACUUUCGCUUUGAUUUCUCAGGUUCUCGAAGAGGAAUUCGCGCGCGAAGAGCGAGAGCAGCAGUUGUUUUACGCGGGAAACUCGACCUUAUUUCCUAUUCCCACGGAAACGGCGGGGAAGGAGGAAUCAGAGGGGGAAUCUGGUGACAACCAAGUGGAUGGAGAUAAAACCCCGGAUAACCUCUCGAGUAAAUCUUCUUCUGGCUCCACGGAUUUAAUAUCAUAA